CAUUUUUGAAUCCAAAACUUUUACGAUUUUGAAGCUUUAUUCGCAGAGUAAUUAUCACUAUUCAUGCUGUGUUUUCCUUUGGAAUAUUUAUUUAUAUAAUGAAAUAAUAAUUUUUAUUUGAAGCUUGGUUCCCCCUUAGGUUAUCUUUAUAGCAUGAUUUCCGGUCAUCAUGAUUUAUAUACAGAAUUUUGCAAAGCUUUACUUAAUCAUCCCUCAGUUUGUUCUUUCGCGUUCCCUUGUUCACUUCUUUGCGGUUAAUCGUGUUUCCAAGAAUGUCUUAUGGAAGAUUUAAUUAUUUGGAUUAUGGAGUUCCAUACUCUAUACUCCAUACUACACCAAAACCGAUAGUAAUACCUCCUAUGAGGAUGCCUGUUUAUGAGCAUACAAAUAAAUUUCCGAUUGUCGCUGUGGUGAUUGCCAAAUUAUUCAUAUUCAUUUGUAUUAGGUGUUUUUGCUGUAGUCUAUGUAAACGGAAACAACAUGAUGAUGCAGCACCCGUGGUGGUGACUUCCGCCACCCACGCAGCACCCGGCGGCUAUCCGGUCACCCAGCUGCCUCCGCCUGGCUAUCCGGCGCCCAAUUCCUACACAACGGUGGCCGCCUAUCCGGCACAGACCGCUGGCAAUGUCUCCGUUCAAAUGCCCAUGCCUCAUCAGCCUCAUGACCACCAACAAAUGCCGAUGCCCAUGCCCAUGCCGGGAAUGCAAACGCACGGAGUGGCCUAUCCGCCGCAUCCCGGAGCUGGGGCUUCCGAUAUGAAUCCGCCCACCUACGACAUGGCCAUUUCCAAUCCAGGUCCGAGCGUUAUGCCCUCGGGCUAUGAGAAACAAUCCGCCUACAAUCCAAACUUUGCGCAGUAAACCAAAAACGAGAGUUUAGAGACAAUAAAGAGAGACCUCUCAGAGUUGGAUCUAUUUUUAAAAUAGUUUUAUACUCUUUUUUUGGAUUCAUUUAGUUUUUUACUUUACUUUAACUAUCGAAAAUGAAUUCCAAAAUUCCAAAAAAAAACAAAACAAAGAACAUGUCUCAUGCGACUACACUUCGAGUCACUUUUUUAUAUGUAUUUUCCUAGAUCUGUGUAUGUCGAGUGUGUACAUAUAACUUAAGCCUCGUAUUUAAUUUAUACAUUUACAUUUAAGAAACCAAACAAAAAACGAAACUGAAAUCUAUAUGAAGUGUUAUUCCAAAAAUAAAAGCUAGGAAGUGCACAGAAGGCUUAUUUGUUUAUUUUGCUGUGCACUUCCACUGAAAACCAAAAAAAGAAA